UGGUGUGUCAUGUGCUGAAGAGAAUGCCUUUGAGCCUUAUUAAGAAGGGAUGUUUUGUGUCAUGCGCUGAAGUGAAAGUCUUUGCGUCUCUGUUCGCUGUCCAUCCUAUUUCAUGAUCACACAAGGGUCGAGGAAGAAACUGUUAUGCAUUCACGCAAUGCGUCCAGGAAAGAGGCUUUUGGUGGUGUUGCUUGUGCUGCACUUGGGAUCUCGAGGCAGCGCGAUGACGGACGCUUCAACUGAGACUCGUUCACAAUGUGACACUGAUGGAUCGACCGUAAGAUGCACAUUGGACGACACUGAUUUGAUGAGUUCUGACCCAAUCAAACUGAACGUCACUGAAGGACAAACUGUGGAAAUUUAUAGCGGAUGCCAACUAAACAAACCAGAGGGGCUUAAAUGUCUCUGCUACCAAAGGAUAAAUGCCUCUGUGGAUCCAUUACAGAACACUGAGAGAUUUGGAAAUGAAAUAUACUCUGUAAUAUGUGGCAAUCAUAGUGUUACAGUCAUUCAAUCACAACAAAGAAGGCCAUCAGUUCCAGUGCUCAAAGCUACUGCAAAAGAAGGGAGCAGCAAUAUAGCUCAAUUAGUGUGUACUUCUGAGGGGAACCCAAAACCAACCAUCAGGUGGUAUGGUAACAGCACAAAACCAAAGGAGGGCAUGUCAAAUAAGUGGUAUAAGACGGAGAGCAUUUUGAUGAGUUAUGAUUAUUAUCCUAACACUCCAAAUAUGAAGUGUUGUGCCUAUAAUUCACUGGGAGAAGAAUGUACUGAGCUCCAUCACUACGAUCUUAAUACGAACGUGGAUGGGCAAAAGACGAUUUUCCUGAAAUCUGGUCGGUCUCUGCUACUCCGUUGCACCAUAAAUUCUAAAAUAAACCCUGAACUGAGAUGGCACUUCAACAACACAGUAGUCAAGGGAAUUCCAUCAUUAUAUUUUUUUCAUUGGACAGAGCACUUCUUUAUCGAAUCAGUUAAUGUGAUGCAUAGUGGGGAGUACAUCUGCACGUCUAAAAACAGCCACUCCGGGAACACCUAUGUCAAGGUCCUUGAAAAUGACAAAAUCGACAUAUUGCAGUUGAAUAAGAACAACAGCAUCCUAGCACGAAAUAAGGCAAGCUUUUGCUUCCAGGCUCUGGUGUUCUCCUUCCCAAAAGCCCAGUGUCACUGGAUUACACCAAAUCAAACCAAAAUACAGGGAAGAGAGACCCACCACCUUGAUUUUAAUAGUACUUUUGAGAUGUGUAACUCUGAACCGGGCCAAUAUCAAAUGAAACUAAUGACUCAAGAAUAUAGUGUCACGAGGAACAUGUCUCUCUGCAUUAUAGACAUUCCUGUAAUUACAAUUCACAAAGACUCAAACUUCACCAUUUGUGAGACUGAAAGCUCUCUACCUGUGACUGUCUCUUGGAAGAUCUGCCCAUCACAUGCUAAAUGUAUUGACCCUAAAGAGUGGGAAGAGAUGCCUGUUGCCCAGCCCAAGUUCAUUGAUUCAGAUCAGUUCUGUCAGAAGAAAAUUCACUUUGCCAGACCACACUCAAACAGGGAGGACCAUCUUAUUAAAUGCUGCAUCACUAACAGAGCAGGGACUGGCUGCAGUGAACAAAUACUACUGCAAACGACAUUCCGCAUUGAAUACGUGAUUUGUUUUCUGCUCAUCUUCAUACUCCUCGUGGUCAUCUUUGCCUUAAUCAUCUUCAUCAGAGUUAAGAAGCCUGCCUACCAGUGUCAGAUCCAGAUGAUUCAGAUGGUCGGACCCAACGACAAUGACUACAUAUACAUUGAUUUCAAGGAGUUUAAGUAUGAUCUGAAAUGGGAAUUUCCACGAGAAAAUCUCGAGCUUGGGAAUGAGCUAGGAUCUGGUGCUUUUGGGAUGGUUGUGCAGGCUACAGCAUAUGGGAUCAGCAAGCCGGGAGUCUCCAUUCAGGUAGCAGUAAAAAUGUUAAAGGACAAGCACCAGGCAAUUGAGAAGGAAGCUCUGAUGUCUGAACUGAAAAUGCUCACUCAUAUUGGACACCAUGAAAACAUUGUCAACUUGCUCGGAGCUUGCACAGGCACAGGUCCUAUUUACCUGAUAUUCCAAUAUUGCUGUAACGGAGAUCUCUUAAACUACCUGAAGAGCAACAGGGAACGUUUUCACAAAUAUCUGACAGAUGCUUUCAACAGGGACAGAUUCAGGGGCCUCUACCACAACUUCCAGCAGAAGAGAAACUCCAGUGAGUACGAGCCUGAUAACAACCCAUGCCUGCACAUGGCUCUUACAAGCAACGGACAGGAGAUCGAGGCACUCCUCAGUCCCAGCAUCAGCUCAGUGUCUACUGUUGAGGAAAUGCUUGAAUGUGAAGACAAACUUCAAGAAGAGGAACUUCAGAGUCUCACCUAUGAUGACCUCCUGAGUUUCUCUUUUCAAGUUGCAAAGGGCAUGGAGUUCCUGUCCUCUAAAAAUUGUAUCCAUAGGGACUUGGCAGCCAGAAAUGUUUUGGUGACACAUGGCAGGCAAGUGAAGAUUGGCGACUUUGGCCUCGCCAGAGACAUUGAAUAUGAUUCCAACUACGUCGUAAGAGGAAAUGUGCGUUUGCCUGUGAAGUGGAUGGCUCCUGAGAGUAUUUUCAAAGGGCUGUACACUAUGCAGAGCGACGUCUGGGCCUAUGGCAUUCUUCUAUGGGAAAUCUUUUCUCUAGGAGUCACCCCAUAUCCUGGUAUAACUGUGAAUAGCUCAUUCUACAGAAUGAUUGAAAGUGGAUAUCAAAUGGAGCAACCCUAUUAUGCAGCAGAAUCUAUAUACAGCGUUAUGUGUCGCUGCUGGACACUGGAUCCUGCAGAUCGACCUUGUUUCUCCAAGCUUGUGGCUUUCAUGGAAAAAGAGCUGGCUGCUUUGGAAGAGAGGCUAUAUUACAAUUUUGGAGGAUCCUGCCACAAUGAAGUAACAUACCAGAAUGCACCGAUGACCCCUGAUGCUACAUUGAUGGAGAACAAACAGGAUGCCUUCCAGUCCAACACUGAGAAUUCAGAUGAAGACAAAUCUGUGGACUGUCCUGGAGUAGUCCGAACCGAACCUCUUGUUUGAAUGAGUUUAAGCCUUGAUUAUGUCAAGUAAUUGGGAAGACUUAAUGCUAAUUUUGUGCUUCCAAUACCACUUACACAUAGCAUUUUCAGUUUCAAGAGAAAUUGUGGAAGGAAUUGUUAUGUAACAUUUAUUGUACCGCCAAAAAUAUGUUUAAUAAUUUUAGAUUGAGGCCUAUUAACCCUGAUUCGGCUAUCAGAUGUUAAUUUGUUUUUUUUUAUGGGUGUAAACAAUGUUAAAAAUACUAUUUGAAUGUUGUUUUGUUCCGCAAGCUACUUUAGGAACUAUGAACAAUAACAAAUCUUCCAAAUUUAUAAUAGAAAUUUUGAAUCUAACCUGCUUCUGUACCAUAAUGAAGGAUGAUAAAAGUUGCUGUUUGAGUAGAUCUGGACAGUAUUAUGUUAUUUUUGCUGCAUUUGCUAACUAAUAAAUAAAUAAAUUGCUCUAUUUUUGUAAGAAAAAAUCUAUUUAUUCAACCUUUAAAACAUUUAUGGCUUAAUCAUUUCAUUUAAUAUUAUUUAUCAUGUAAAAAUAGUCUAAUAUGCUUACAGUAGGUAUGCUUAUAAUCUCUUGUAACACAAAUUUGAUUUGGACAAUUUUGCAGAUUUCUAUAAACAAAAUUAACUUUUUCAGUUCCAUUGCUUAAAGUGAUAAAGUAUUAAUUGUAAUGUAAUCAUUGUUAAGCCUAGCUUUCGAGAGCACUGAGACAGUGAAUGAGUGGAUAUAAUAAUUGAAAAGGGAUAAUUGUUAUUUUUAUGCUGGAGUUGAAAAAUGAUUAUGUGUAAGGUUUAAGUAAGAUGCAACAGAGCAAAUAAAAAAAAAAAAAAUGGUU